AUGGUACGAAAAAAAGAUAUGUAUUCAGAUCCCUCUGGAAGAGAUCUGUUGGGAAACAGAACCCUGUUUUUCAUAUUUAUUUGUUCUUUUGCAAUAGUCACUUUGCUGCAGCAGAUUUUGUAUGGCAAGAACUAUAUUAAAAGGUACUUUGAGUUGCGUGAAGCUUCAUUUGAAUACAACUCCUCAACAUGCUGGAAGCUAAGGAAUGAGAUCAUGGAGGUGAAGAUACUUUCCAUGGUGAAACAGUCUGAACUGUUUGACAGAUGGAAGACCCUACAGCUGUGUAAAUGGGAAUUGAAUGAGACUGCAGCCAAUAUUUUCAAAUCUCAUUUGACUCGAUGCUGCAAUGCACCAGUGUAUCUAUUUACGACACAGAAGAACACCCCCAAGGGCAUUAAACUGAAGUAUGAAGUAGACAGCAGUGGCUUCAUCUUCAUCGAUGCUGAAGUCUUCCAGUUGUUUCCGAAGGAAAUGCCUUAUUCACGCUCCCAGUUUAAGAAAUGUGCAGUGAUUGGGAAUGGAGGAAUCCUGAAGAACAGUAGGUGUGGGAAUGAGAUUGACUCUGCAGACUUUGUGUUCAGAUGUAAUUUGCCACCAAUUUCUGAAAAGUAUACCACAGAUGUUGGAGUGAAGACUGAUAUUGUGACCAUAAAUCCGAGUAUUGUAACUGAGAGAUUCCAAAAAUUAGAGAAGUGGAGACGACCAUUUUAUGAAGUCCUACAAGCCUAUGAAAAUGCAUCAGUGGUUAUGCCAGCUUUCUACAACACCCGCAACACAGAUGUUUCAUUCAGGGUCAAGUAUGUCCUGGAUGAUUUUGAAUCUCAACAAUCCAUGUUCUAUUUCCAUCCACGAUAUAUUGAGAAUGUCUCCCGUUUUUGGAUGAGACAGGGGCUGAGAGCCAAACGACUGAGCAGUGGCUUAAUGUUGGUGACAGCUGCCAUGGAGCUGUGUGAAGAGGUCCAUCUCUAUGGGUUUUGGUCAUUUUCAAUGGACCCCUCGGGUUUCUACAUCACCCACCAUUACUAUGACAAUGUCAAACCUCGGCCUGGCUUCCACAAGAUGACUACUGAGAUCUUUAACUUUCUGCACAUGCACAGUAAGGGGAUUCUCCAAGUCCAUACUGGGACUUGUAGCUGA